UGAGCGGGCGGGGCGUCAUUGCGCGCGUCUUGUCUUCACUCCGCCAUGUUCAGGCCCACGCUCAGGAAGUGUCUCCUUCGGCCUCACCGCUCCUUCUCCACCACCGCCCCCGCGAGGAAGGUCGUCGCGACAAACCCCGUCAAGGCGCAGGAGGUUCCGUCUUGGGCAUCAGGGAAAUAUCCCUUGAUUGAGCACGAGUACGAUGCGGUCGUUGUAGGUGCUGGUGGCGCGGGCUUGCGAGCAGCGUUCGGUCUCGCCGAAGCUGGCUUCAACACGGCAUGCAUUACCAAGCUUUUCCCGACUCGAAGCCACACCGUUGCGGCGCAGGGAGGGAUCAACGCAGCGCUCGGAAACAUGACCGAGGACGACUGGAGAUGGCAUAUGUACGACACGGUCAAGGGUUCCGACUGGCUUGGAGACCAGGACGCCAUCCACUACAUGUGUCGCGAGGCGCCUAAGACCGUCAUUGAGCUCGAGCACUUCGGUGUUCCUUUCUCACGCACGAAGGAGGGCAAGAUCUACCAGCGCGCCUUCGGUGGCCAGUCGCUGAAGUACGGCAAGGGAGGUCAGGCGUAUCGCUGCGCUGCCGCCGCUGACCGUACCGGUCACGCCCUCCUCCAUACCCUCUACGGCCAAUCCCUCCGCCACAACACCAACUUCUUCAUCGAGUACUUCGCACUCGACCUCAUCAUGCAGGAUGGUGAGUGUGUGGGUGUGAUCGCCCUCAACCUCGAGGACGGCACCCUCCACCGCUUCCGUUCGCACAAGACCGUCCUCGCGACGGGUGGGUACGGACGAGCGUACUUCAGCUGCACCAGUGCGCACACGUGCACGGGUGACGGUAACGCCAUGGUCGCCCGUGCCGGCCUUCCCCUCCAGGAUCUGGAGUUCGUCCAGUUCCAUCCCACGGGUAUCUACGGUGCUGGUUGCCUGAUCACUGAGGGUUCUCGCGGUGAGGGAGGCUACCUCCUCAACUCUGAGGGUGAGCGCUUUAUGGAGCGUUACGCACCGACCGCGAAGGAUCUUGCCUCUCGUGAUGUCGUGUCUCGUAGCAUGACGAUCGAGAUUCGCGAGGGUCGCGGUGUCGGUCCUGAGAAGGAUCACUGCUACCUCCAACUCAGCCAUCUGCCCGCCGAGAUUUUGCACGAGCGUCUCCCGGGUAUUUCUGAGACCGCCGCUAUCUUCUCUGGUGUCGAUGUCACCAAGGAGCCCAUCCCCGUCUUGCCCACCGUCCACUACAACAUGGGUGGUAUUCCGACGAAGUACACUGGCGAGGUUAUCACGGUCGACGAGAACGGCAAGGACAAGGUUGUCCCCGGUCUCUACGCCGCCGGUGAGGCUGCCUGUGUUUCCGUCCAUGGUGCCAACCGUCUCGGUGCGAACUCCCUGCUCGAUAUCGUCGUCUUCGGCCGUGCUUGCGCGCACCACAUCGAGGAGACCCUUACCCCUGGCAAGCCGCACAAGAAGAUUCCCGAUGAGGCUGGCAUCGAGAGCAUCGAGUUCCUUGACCAGAUCAGGAAGGCUGACGGUCCCAUCCCCACCGCUAAGAUCCGGUUGGACCUCCAAAAGGCCAUGCAGUCGGACGCUGCUGUGUUCAGGACGCAGGAGUCGUUGGACGAGGGUGUGCAGAAGGUCAAGCAGAUCUACGAGACCUACAAGGAUGUCGGUAUCAAGGAUCGCUCGAUGAUCUGGAACUCUGACCUCGUCGAGACGCUCGAGCUCCGCAACUUGCUCCAGUGCGCCGUGCAGACCAUCACCUCCGCCGCAGCCCGCAAGGAGUCCCGCGGCGCCCACGCACGCGAGGACUUCCCCGAGCGCGACGACGAGAGCUGGAUGAAGCACACGCUUUCCUUCCAGAACGACUCGACGAAGCCGGACGUCAAGUUGUCGUACCGUGGUGUCAUCGACAAGACGCUGGAUGAGAACGAGUGCAAGGCGGUGCCGCCGUUUAAGCGUGUGUACUAGGCGCAUGCAGGCGCGUUCGGGUGCAUGUACUUACAGAGUGAACACUGAACGUACGGAUUGUAUCAUUACCCUGAUAAUCAUUAUUUCGCGUUCAUUGGCUUGGAA